CCCCAUUCUCACGCUUUCUAUCACCCCGCCCCAAUCUCGCUCUUUCCAUCAACCCGCCCCAUUCUCCCGCUUUCCAUCCCCAUUCUCCCGCUUUCCAUCACCCUGCCCCAUUCUCCCGCUUUCCAUCACCCCGCCCCAUUCUCGCUCUUUCCAUCACCCCGCCCCAUCGUCCCGCUUUCCAUCACCCCGCCACAUUCUCCCUCCUUCCAUCACCCCGCCCCAUUCUCCCUCCUUCCAUCACCCUGCCCCAUUCUCCCGCUUUCCAUCACCCCGCCCCAUUCUCCCGCUUUCCAUCACCCCGCCCUAUUCUCCCUCCUUCCAUCACCCCGCCCCAUUCUCCCUCCUUCCAUCACCUUGCCCCAUUCUCCCGCUUUCUAACACCCCGCCCCAUUCUUUUGCUUUCCAUCACCCCGCCCCAUUCUCCCGCGUUCCAUCACCCCGCCCCAUUCUCCCGCUUUCCAUCAACCCGCCCCAUUCUCCUGCUUUCCAUCACCUCGCCCCAUUCUCCCGCUUUCCAUCACCCCGCCUCAUUCUCCCUCCUUCCAUCACCCCGCCCCAUUCUCCCGCUUUCCAUCACCCCGCCCCAUUCUCCCGCGUUCCUUCACCCCGCCCCAUUCUCCCUCCUUCCAUCACCCCGCCCCACUCUCCCGCUUUUCAUCACCCCGCCCCAUUCUCCCGCUUUCCAUCACCCCACCCCAUUCUCCCGCUUUCCAUCAUCCCGCCCCAUUUUCCCUCCUUCCAUAACCCCGCCCCAUUCUCCCUCCUUCCAUAACCCCGCCCCAUUCUCCCGCUUUCCAUCACCCCGCCCCAUUCUCCCGCUUUUGAUCACCCCGCCCCAUUCUCCCGCUUUUCAUCACCCCGCCCCAUUCUCCCACUUUCCAUCACCCCGCCCCAUUCUCCCGCUUUCCAUCACCCCGCCCCAUUCGCCCGCUUUCCAUCACCCCGCCCCAUUCUCCCGCUUUCCAUCACCCCGCCCAAUUUUCCCGCUUUCCAUCACCCCGCCCCAUUCUCCCGCUUUCCAUCAACCAGCCCCAUUCUCACGCUUUCUAUCACCCCGCCCCAAUCUCGCUCUUUCCAUCAACCCGCCCCAUUCUCCCGCUUUCCAUCCCCAUUCUCCCGCUUUCCAUCACCCUGCCCCAUUCUCCCGCUUUCCAUCACCCCGCCCCAUUCUCGCUCUUUCCAUCACCCCGCCCCAUCGUCCCGCUUUCCAUCACCCCGCCACAUUCUCCCUCCUUCCAUCACCCCGCCCCAUUCUCCCUCCUUCCAUCACCCUGCCCCAUUCUCCCGCUUUCCAUCACCCCGCCCCAUUCUCCCGCUUUCCAUCACCCCGCCCUAUUCUCCCUCCUUCCAUCACCCCGCCCCAUUCUCCCUCCUUCCAUCACCUUGCCCCAUUCUCCCGCUUUCUAACACCCCGCCCCAUUCUUUUGCUUUCCAUCACCCCGCCCCAUUCUCCCGCGUUCCAUCACCCCGCCCCAUUCUCCCGCUUUCCAUCAACCCGCCCCAUUCUUUUGCUUUCCAUCACCCCGCCCCAUUCUCCCGCGUUCCAUCACCUCGCCCCAUUCUCCCGCUUUCCAUCACCCCGCCUCAUUCUCCCUCCUUCCAUCACCCCGCCCCAUUCUCCCGCUUUCCAUCACCCCGCCCCAUUCUCCCGCGUUCCUUCACCCCGCCCCAUUCUCCCUCCUUCCAUCACCCCGCCCCACUCUCCCGCUUUUCAUCACCCCGCCCCAUUCUCCCGCUUUCCAUCACCCCACCCCAUUCUCCCGCUUUCCAUCAUCCCGCCCCAUUUUCCCUCCUUCCAUAACCCCGCCCCAUUCUCCCUCCUUCCAUAA